UCUCUUUUCUUUCCCCGGUUUUUCUCGCCUCCAAAAUCUAGGUUUUCGUCAUCAUGAUGCAGCAGCCGCCGUCAGCCGCCGCCGGAGCCUCUGCAGGGCAGAUUCCGGACAACCAACAGGCUUACCACCAGCAGCAGCAGUCAUGGAUGAUGAUGCAGCAGCAGCAGCAACCGAAUGCUCCGCCGUCUGGAUGGACGGCACAGCAGGUUCCGCCGCCGUCUCAGGCGUCGCAGCAGCACCAUGAAUACGGCUCACAGAAUCCAGGAUCUGCCGGCGAGAUCCGUUCGUUGUGGAUCGGUGACCUUCAGUCUUGGAUGGACGAGAACUACCUCAUGAGCAUAUUCGCUCACACUGGCGAGAUUCAAUCGGCUAAAGUUAUCCGCAGUAAGCAGACAGGAUAUUCGGAGGGCUAUGGUUUCAUUGAGUUCGUUAACCAUUCUGCAGCGGAGCGGAUUUUGCAGACUUAUAAUGGUACUCAGAUGCCAAACACUGAACAAAAUUUCAGACUCAACUGGGCUGCCCUCGGCUCUGGAGAGAGGCGCCAGGCCGAAGGACCUGACUACACAAUUUUCGUUGGCGACUUGGCACCUGAAGUUACUGACUAUAUGCUGCAAGAAACAUUUAAGAAUAUCUAUCAGUCUGUUAAGGGGGCAAAGGUCGUGACUGAUAGGAACACUGGACGAUCCAAGGGCUAUGGUUUUGUCAGGUUUGGAGAUGAAAACGAGCAGUUACGUGCCAUGACGGAAAUGAAUGGACAAUACUGCUCGACCAGGCCAAUGCGCAUUGGUCCGGCUGCCAGCAAGAAGCCUCUUACAGCUCAACAAGCUACGUAUCAGACUACUCAAGGAAGUCCUGGAGAAAGUGAUCCAAAUAAUACAACAAUUUUUGUUGGGGCUCUUGAUCCUAGUGUUACAGAUGAUGUAUUGAAGUCAGUGUUUGGUCAAUUCGGGGAAUUAGUUCAUGUGAAAAUACCUGCAGGAAAGCGUUGUGGUUUUGUUCAGUUUGCCAACAGGGCAUGUGCAGAGCAAGCUCUCUCCAUGUUGAAUGGAACAACACUAGGCGGACAAAGCAUUCGUCUUUCAUGGGGCCGGAGUCCUUCUAGCAAGCAGGCACAACCGGACCAAGCUCAGUGGAAUGGGGGAUACUAUGGUUAUGCUCCACCUCAGGGAUAUGAAGGAUAUGGUUAUGCACCUCCUCCUCCUCCCCAAGAUGCUAACAUGUAUUAUGGAGGUUACUCUGGCUAUGGCGGCUACCAGCAGCCCGGUGGCUACCAGCAGCAACAGCAGUGAAAGCAUGUUUUAUGAGGAUGGAGCUGAAGUUCCAAACUGUCUGAGUGUGCCUUGUCUAGGCUUUCUAGUUGUGGUAUGACUGCUUUGAAGCACUUGUGGAUUAGUUCUGCAGACUCCUCUCUCUCUCUCUCUCUCUCUCUCUCUCUCUCUCUCUCUCUCUCUCUCUCUCACUUAUGCGCGUUGGAAUUCAGACUGAUGUGGUGUCACCAAGGUUGAAGGCUUGUGUUUUUUUUUACUAUUGACGACCAUUUUCCCUGUUGGGUUUUAUAUUUGCCAUUGGUGUUCGUGUUUCUCUGA